AUGUCUGGUGAUGUGGGUAGCUUCUUGAUCAAGCACAAAGAACAUCGCGAGUCGCUGCCGGACCUACGAAUGUUCUGCGAGAAGCACCCGCAACAUUUUACCAUUUCGAAGCCUAAGGCGGGUCCCUGGAAGCUUUCCUUGGCCAAAGGCGAAAAUGAAGCUGUCCAGAAGCUGACGGAGUUUGUUUCUUCACGCGGUGGCUCGCUGCGGUCGCACGAUUUUCCAGACUUCAAGGAUCAGUAUCCCGCCCUCGCGAAAGUCAUUUACUCAGGCGGACGCACUUUGCGGGAGUUUUGCCAGGUCCAUAAGAACACGUUCGUGGUGGAGGCGAGCGACACGGAUCCGAGUGUUUGUAUCCGCCUGAAAGCCCAGACGACACAAGAGAAAGAGACAGUCAAAGCCUUGGUAAAGCUGCUAAAGGAGUCCGGUGGCACGCUACAUUCUGCCAAGCUGACGGAUUUCCGAAAAGAGGUGCCGAACCUUCGAGCGUUUUGUGAGCAGCACCCGAAGCGUUUUGUAGUUUCUUCAUCUGCUAGCGGUGGCGGCUGGCAGCUGCUGCUAGCCCCAAGUGAGAAGGAGGCUGCGCAGAGGUUGGCCAAGUUUAUUGCAUCUCAGAGCAACUCGGAGAUCAGUGCUGGCAGUUUUGGAGACUUCAAGAAGCUCGACCCUGCCUCGGCCCAUGUAAUCCGCUUAGAUGACCAGAAGCUGAGCGAGUUCUGCCAGAAGCACGAGACUUCCUUCGUCGUGAAGUCCACUGGAUCCGCCCUUUCGAUUCGAUUGCAUCCCACAGCUGUGAAAGCGUUGGGUGCCAAAGACAAGAAAGUUCUCGCAGAUUUGAGUAAGUUUGUCAAGGAUGGAGGCGGUAUGAUCUCGACCGAGCACUUAGCCGAAUUUCACGCAAGCCAUCCGGAGCACAAGGCUUUGCUCUCGAAUCCGGGUGCAUUCUGCGCGAUUCACAAGGACCACCUCGUUCUUUUGAGAAACGGCCCAGGGUGGAACAUUAUGUCGGCUUCUUUCGAAAGGAAGUUUGUGAUGAAGGUCGUGGACUUCGUUAGAGAACAUGGUGAUUUGAAAUCCGUGCCUGGUGAAGGGGUGGGGCAUUUCAUACAACAACAUCCAGAAUAUGCAAGAGUGCUGAAUUCUGGCACGGAAACAUUGCGCCAAAUCUGUGAAAGGCAUGAUGCCUGUGUUUUUGAAGAGAGCCCUUCCAUCGCAGGAUAUUGCAUCCGCUUACAUGAUCGUUUCGAAGAUCCUGACCGAAGCGAGGCCGUUGCAGAUCUUGUCCGGUUCAUUCGUGAUCGACAUGAUGCAGCUGCCGGUAUUGCUUCAAAGGAUUGGAAUGAAUUCUUCGCUAAACACCCACAACAUCGUGUCACGGUUGCGAAUACACGGACGUUCUGCGAGAAGCAUUCGAAUCAUUUUCGUAUCUGCGAGGGCACAGGGGGACAGUGGCAUGUCCAGCUGGCCAGUGCCAGCAAUGCGAAGCACGUUGCAGCUAACUUGGCUGUGUUCGUUCAGAAGCGGGGUAACUCCGUUUCAAUUGACCAGUUGAGCUUAUUCUAUGGGCAGAAUCCUGGAUGUCGUCAGGCCAUCUCGGAAGCUGGAGGCCUGAAGAGCUUUUGCUCAGAUCACGACAGGCUUCUGGUGUUUGUGACCAAAACGUCAGGUGAAUCACGAAUAGAACUUGCCUGCCACUGCUGCUACUUUUUUCGCGGUGCGUGCAAGCAAAACUCGACACACGGGAAGUAUUUGCACGUGGUUCGCUGCACAGCUGCUGCUGUGGACGAUGCUGUGUCCUGCUCCUAUGGUCCCAAGUGCAAGUUCGGCCACUGGCAGAAGGUGUUGCAGCAAGCUGGGCUGGAGCAAGACCGCUGUACUAGCAGCUCUGUCGCAUCGCCCGGAGGCCAGGAGGCAUCAGCCAAGCCAAGGGAGCCGAAACCGGAGCCUCAGGCACCCACGGCCGACGCUGCAGGCACGGCAGGCAAGGCAGCCGCAGGGGAGCGCAGCGGAGAAGAUCCGUGGGCCACCGGCUUGGACCCGUGGAGCCAAAGUCUUCCAAGUCCAAGUCUUCCAGCUCUUACACCUGGCCGACCCGACCCAUUGGAGUCUGAAAAGCCGGUGAUCGCUUCGGAAGCCACAGGAGGAGCAAGCCAUCAACAACAAGCAAUGCCUCGUCAAGACCCCUGGUCCGAUGGGCAAGAUCCAUGGAGCAGCAGUCUUACAAAGCCUAUUGUGGCACCUGCAGCUGAUCUUGCUGCAGGACUGCCAGCCCAUGAGCAGGAACGGAAGACGGAGCGGAUCGAUGCCUGGGCCAAGUACAGUGAGGCUCCUUUGGCUACGCAGGAGCAAGCGGGUCGCAGGCCGGAGAAUGAAAGAUUGACUUACGACCCUUGGGCGAAUGGGCAGGACCCUUGGAGCAGGAGCCUUCCAGACCUCGCAGAGGCAAAACCCGGUUCCCACUCAGCGCAGCCGGAAAGCACGGUGGAAAGUGCAGUGGGCGUACAUCGAGAAGAAGGGCCUAGGUCAGAUCCAUGGGCGGAAGGGCGAGAUCCUUGGAGCAGAAGCCUUUCCGUCGAGUGCCGGAAUGGCCGCUCAGAUGCGGAUCCGGCAUCUACGGCAAAUGCUGAGUGUGCUGCACCAUCUCAGCAGAGCCCCUUGUCAGUCGAUGAGCAUGCUGAACCGCCACUUCCGCAGGGUGAAGCAAGAGCCUUGCAAUCAGAUGAUAGCUGCAAGCUCACGGAGAUGCGUGCUUCUCGGGAUUCGUGGUGCAUGGAAGAGGUGGAUGACUUGCCUGCAGCUCCAGCUGUCAGCACAUCGCCUCUGCUACUGUUGCCCUGCGCAAGCAAGAGGACGGAGCCAGAGGGCCAGAGCUUUCCGGAAGAUCGCUGGAGCAGAAGCCUGCCAGCAUCUCGCGAGGAUGCGGCGUACAUGGACUCGCGGGCAUCUUGUGAGGAGAGCAGCGGCCCUCCGCAGGCAACCGGCAGAGGCGAAGAUAGGGAUGCCAGUGAAGAGGGCAUCCUCGCCGAGCACAGAAAAGGCAGCUGGGUGGAGGAAGCACACGGUCAGCAAGAUUUGCUAGACACAGUGGUGGACGGCGCCGACAAGGAGCCUCACCGAGCCGAAGAGCAGCGCUGCGUGUGCGAGCUUGAGAGCUUGCUGUCCAAGCUGCCUGAGAAGCUCUUCACCACCAUGAGCGCCCCUCAUAUCGAUGAGAUCCUGCACAAGGCCAAGGUGCAACGCCUCGUUUUGCAGCGAGGCCGGCCGCUGCAGGCAGCGCUCUGUUCUGGCUGGCUCCCAGCACACGAGCUUCCAGGAGCCACCUUCACGUCGCAAGACUUGGCGGAUGUGGCCUGCGAACUCACUUCGGCCGAGACCGAUAUCCCGUGGCGUUCAGGCAUCUUCCGCAUACCCGGAUGCUUGCAUCGGGCGAGCUUUGUGUACCGGGGACAAGAGCUGGAUGCCGUGAACCUCCAUGUGACGCGCCUGCUUCCAGGUCUUACCCUCGCCAUUGCUCCGCAGCUCUCUUCGGGAUCCCUUCUCUUCUUGGGCCCCGCCACCUCCGGGAAGACCAGCUCCCUGAGAGAAGCGGCAGCCAGCCUGUCACACACCUACCAGGUCGUGAUUCUGGACUUCCAUGAGGAGCUCCCCUCCGAUGACUUCGACUGCGUCAGAUCCCCGGUGCCCUUGGACUCGGAUCCCGUGGCGGCGGUGGACCGGGCCAUCGCGGAGCAGAGCCCCGAGGUGAUUGCUGCCGAGUUUGCUGAUGUGGAUGCCGCCCUUCAGAGUGCACAGUUGUGCUCGGAAGCCGGCGUGCGUUUGCUUUGCACCUUGCGGGGAACCAUUGGUGGGCUGACUGCUGCCCUCGCUCGAUCCAGCGUGCCAGGGGGUGGCACAUGCCCUUUCGACGCUGUCGUGGUGCUCCGUCGUCAGCUGGAUACCUGGCAUGUCUACGCCAAAUCGGGUGCCGCCAGUUGCUUGGGUUCUCGGCCCAGCUCAACAGCGCAUCUCGGUGACUCCUGCGCUUUCCUGCAGCAGCCAACCGCGGUGCUGCGGCUGAAAGCCUUGGGAAGUCCUGAGGCGCCAAGCCGCCCCGGAAGUGAAGGCCACAUGUCGGCAACGCCGUCUGUGCACACCCUCGUCUCGGAAGAGACAGGGCAAAUAUGGGGUUAG